UGUCUUUCCAAUCUCCAUAUGUAAAGAGCUUCCUGAGCUAAAUUAUCUGAUCAUAAGAGAAGCAUAUGAGCUAGAGGAAAUAUUUGUAAGUGAAGGUGAUGAUCACAAAGUGGAGAUUCCAAAUCUGAAAGUUGUAAUAUUUGAAAAUCUACCAAAACUAUCCCUGGCUUCAGCAUCAACAGCAGACUUCAUAUUUGAUAUUAAUGGUUUAUAUGCUAGCAAGUUUGGCUACGAAUGUGACGAAGCUAUUCAAGCAAUUACAUGAUGAGUCCAAAGGCCUUUGAUACUAGUAAUGAAUAUCCAAGUUCAGAAAUCACCGAAGUUCAAGCAUCCGGACACGAGUUUACUUCUUCACGGAAAGAAAUGGAACAAACACUAGAGACAGAGCAUGAAUUUGUUGAAAUUGUUCCUCAACAAGAGAUGCCAUCAGUAGCAACAAUAUUACCAACAAAUUCAAAAGUUAGCGAAAUAAGUGUUGAAGAAGGUGACAACCAAAGAGCUAUAGCUUCUACUUCAAUCGCCAUAACAAAGCCUCUAACCACUCAAGAUGUUGAUGUUGAAAUCUGGCAGGAAACUAGUAACACUAAUGACGAUCGAGUUUCUCUAAAUGAUGACGAUGUCAUGAAAGUAAGAUCAAAUAUUGAGCAACAGUUUCCCAAGGAAGAUGAAAUAUUAGUUUCCAAAUCAAGACCCUCUUCUAUUGAAUCUCAGUGUCCUUCAAAGUCUACUCAAGGGGAACCUUCUCAAAGAGAUGAAGAUUUAAGUUCUUCUUGCAUUGUCACAAGGGAGCUUGAGAAUCUAGUUUCCAAGAAUCAUUUAGCUAUUGAGAAAUUGUCUCUGUUGACUGAUUUCCUUGUUAAGCAUCCUUCAUUUCUUCUAAGGCACACUUCAUUGAGUAGCCGAUACAAGGGUUGGUUAUGCCUACAACUGUCUAGCCGAGCUAUUGAAAUUCCUUCAAACUCAUAGUGUGUUGGAUGUGUUAGGUUCAAGCCUCUCUGAAUUUAUCGAGUUAUUACAAGAUGUACACAGUUUUCCUUUUGAUAAGGAAUGGUUGGAUGAUAUCGAAAAGCGUGCUUUGUUUCAUGGUUCGCAAGUCUCUCAAGAUGCAUUGCAAAAAUUGUUGGACUCAAAACACAUCUUGACACAACGUGUGGAAGUAUCUUAAGCAUCAAUUGGCUUCCUCUGAAGCUGAUUUGCAGAGCAUCACUCAACAGGAGGCACAAAUUUUACGAACACGGGAUGCUUUAAGUGAUCCUCUUAGUUAUUAGACUAUUUUUUUCGUUGCAUUCAAUUUGUUCCCUGCUUUUCUUUAUCCUUCAAUAUUUUAUUUAUUGCUCGGACAUACGUUCCUCAUUAAUAAAUUCAUUUAGCUGUUCAAAACAAUUGACAAGUUAUAAAUACAAAGUUUUAGCGAUAAUUAAUCUAA